AUGAUCCCUCCGCACUAUUCUUUCAGUAACCAGGCGCGCACAAACCCACUCUUUCACUACUCGCUCAAAGUCAGUCUUCAUGCUGCCCUGGCCAUCAUCUCCCCAGAGCGGGACACUGGCUUCGCACAAUUAAUGACGACAGGUGGAGGUCUGUUCCUAGGAGGUGUCCGGUGCACUACCUCAGCUAUCAGCCUCGAGCCGCUCUCCCAUGUGGAAACACAGCGGCUUAAUGGCACAUUGAAUCGGACACGACAGUAUCGGGAAUUCCUCAAGCAGGCCAUUUUGGAUCUCAUCAAUCUGUCAGAGGAACGUAUCGCCAAGGCGAAACAAAUGUGA